UCAUUACUUCAUUACCCAAAACCAAACUCAAACCUUUAAACAGAUCUUUUGCUCCUCCAUACGAUGGCUUUAGAAUCAUUUGCUUUCAAUGUUGCCCAGAAAGUCCUUGAAAAGCUAGCUUCCCAAGCCUACCAAGAAAUUUCAAUUGCGUGGGGUGUUCAAGGGGAACUGAAAAAGCUUGAGAAUGUCUUGAUGACUGUUAAAGCUGUGCUGUUGGAUGCCGAGGAGAAACAAGUGAGCAAUAAUGAUGUGCGAGUGUGGCUGAUUAAGCUUAAAGAUGUUCUUUAUGAUGCUGAAGAUGUACUCGAUGAAUUUGAAUGUGAGACUCAGAGAAAGCAAUUGCUUAAAUUAUAUGGAAGCACCACCAAAAAGGUGGGUCGCUUUUUUUCAUCCUCUAAUCCACUUGCUUUCUCUUUUAAAAUGGGUCAUAAAAUAAAACAAAUAAGAGCGCAAUUAGAUGAAAUUGCAUCUCAUAAGGCUAAGUUUCAUCUUAAUGAACGAGAUGAAGGUAGGCGUUCUAUGCCUAAGGAAAGAGCGAUGACCCACUCCUUUGUAAAUGUGUCUGAUAUUAUAGGAAGAGAUGAGGAUAAAGAAAAUAUCAUCAGACUUUUACAAAAGCCUAAUGAUGGUGGAAAAAUCGAUGUUAUUCCUAUUGUUGGAAUUGGUGGUUUGGGGAAGACUGCACUCUCUAAAUUAGUUUAUAAUGAUGAACGAGUACAAAAUCAUUUUCAACUUAAGAUGUGGGUAUGUGUAUCAGAAGAUUUUGACAUAAAAAAUUUGAUUGAGAAAAUUAUUAAAUGUGCCACCAGUGAUGGAGAGAACAGAAGCAAUUUGGAAGUGGAACAAUUGCAAAAAAUCUUGCGAGAAAAAAUUGGUGAUAAAAAAUACUUUCUCAUUUUAGAUGAUGUGUGGAAUGAAGAUUCUAUGAGAUGGGAUCCAUUGCAAGAGCUUUUGUUUACAGGUGCUAAUGGAAGCAAAAUUUUAGUAACAACACGUAGUAAGAAAGUAGCCUCCAUUAUGAGCACCAUUUCAGAACCAUAUGAGUUAUCAGGUCUUCCGCAUGAUAAGUGUGUGGCUUUGUUUACUAAAUGUGCAUUUAAAGAAGGUGAAGAGAAGCACUAUCCAAACUUGUUAAAAAUUGGGGAUAAAAUUGUAGAAAAAUGCAAAGGGGUUCCAUUAGCAGUGAAGACACUAGCAUCACUUCUUUUAACAAAUAAAGAUGAAAGUUAUUGGAAAUUUAUAAGAGAUAGCGAGUUGUGGAAAAUAGAGCAAAAGGAAAAUGACAAAAUUUUACCUGCUUUGAAAUUAAGUUAUGAACAAUUGCCUGCUUAUUUGAAAAAGUGCUUUGCUUAUUGCUCCUUUUAUCCAAAGGAUCAUGAAUACGCAAGUUUUAUAUUAAUUCAAUUUUGGAUGGCACAUGGACUUCUUGAAUCAACAAAUGAAAAUGAAGAUUUAGAAGAUAUUGGGUGGCGCUAUUUUCAGGAGUUGGGGUCUAGAUCUUUUUUUCAAGAUUUUGAGGACUAUGAUUGGUAUAUUGAGUGCAAAAUGCAUGAUUUAGUGCAUGAUCUUGCAUUAUCAUUGACACAAAAUGAAUUUUCAGCAAUAACCUCAACCACCACACGCAUCACCAAGAGUGUCCGCCAUCUGUUAUUUCCCGACUUCACUUCACUUCCCCAUGGUCUUUCCACUCUCUUAAAAGAUUUAGAGCAUGUGCGAACUGCUCUAUUUAUGACCGAGGAAAUCAGUCAAUCAGCCUUGGAUUUAUGUUUGUCAAGAUUUCAUUAUUUGCGGAUGUUGGUCUUGUCAGAUUCCAAAUUAGAGCUACUGCUGGAAAGGAUUGGGUCUUUAAAGCAUUUGAGGCUUUUAUUUUUACCUACAGAUUUUGAAAUUCAAAAGGUCCCCAUUUCUAUUUGCAAGUUACAGAAUUUACAAUCUUUGUUCCUUUGUACUGAGGAGUUACCCAAUGAUAUAAGGUACUUGAUCAGCCUUAGAUUUCUAUUUUUUUGCACAAAGCAGAAGUGUUUGGCAAAGAAUGGACUUGGCUGCUUGACUUCUCUUAGGUUUUUGGGCAUUGGUCGCUGUGAAAAUUUAGAAUACUUGUGUGAAGAUAUGCAAGGGCUCAAGCAUCUUCGAACACUGAUUAUUACUGACUGUGAAAGCUUAAUCUCUUUGCCUCAAAGUAUGAAAUACCUCACUGCAUUGGAGACUCUUCAUAUCGAGGAUUGUGAAAACCUCAAUUUGACGAUGGAAGAAGGGAAAGCCGAUCAAGACUUGGCUCGAUUCAGCCUUCAAAGGCUGAUACUCAAAAAGUUACCAGAAUUGGUAGAGUUUCCAGAAUGGCUUCUUCGAGGAUCCACCAACACUCUGCAACUCUUAAAACUAGAAUGGUGUAGAAACCUCAAAGAAUUGCCUGCGUGGCUACAGAAUAUAGCAUCUCUUCAACAACUUGUGAUUAAAGGUUGUAAUGAAUUGAGAGAAAGAUGUGCACGUGGAAAAGGUGAAGAUUGGUCCAAGAUUGCUCAUAUACCUAAAAUUGUUCUUGACGGUGCUGAGAUCAAUUCAACAGAUGAUUCUCACAUCGAUUCAACAAGUGAAGAUUAGAUAUCAUGGCAACUCUGCUGAAAAUGCCAACUGCUGAAUGUAACAAUAGUGGAAGACUUUAGUCUAUGGGUCUUUCAUAGACUCUCAGUUUGGACGUCCUCAUCCACUUUCCUUUUGGUCUGCUCCACCUGAUAGUGUGAAACUAAACAUCAAUGGCUCUUCGUGAGGGAAACCUGGUCCCUGUUCCAUUGGGGGUGUUCUCCGUGAUCACAGAGGUUUAUACAAUUGUCUUUUCCAAGUGAUGCAAAUUUGGCUGCGGAUUGUUUAGCUAAGCAGGGUCACUCUCGCACGUCUUCAUGGCUUUCUUUUAGAAUAGUCUUUUUCUGAUUUCCUAUGAUUUGAGUUUAGUUGAAUUGUACAUUUUCUUUUUGGGUUCUUAUUGGGGUGAGGCGUUUGCUGCUUUAGGUCCGGUCUUGUGGGAAUGCCUGUUGGCAUGGGUUAGGUUGCAGCUCUCCUCAUCUUUUGUGUCUCUCUUUUUCUUUAAAGAAAUUUCUUGCUUAUCAAAAGAAAAGUCCAAUUCAUUUGAUGGUUGCCACCACUAACAUUGGAUUAAUAAUACCAAUUACCAAUUGAAUUCUUGUAAAACCCUACAUUCCAAACAA